GCGCGAAUCACAAGUAACCGUCACUGGUCGCGGUACCACAGUGGUGCUUCGGUGCCCCCGAUGGGGCGAACCAAGUGAAGGGAGAAGUACCCGUUGCCCGGCCCCCUUGAUGUUGCGGUACGGCCAGUCGGUGCGCGAAUAACAGUUGACGAACGGGCCCCCGGCCAGCGACGAUUUUCAGUUGUUUUUCUCGACGACGUGCGCGUGUCGCGCAAGCGCGACGUACAGCCCCUGACAGGGAAAGCAUGACAUAGAUUCUUCGGUAGUGACCCAGUGACUCGGAUGGGCUUACUGUGCUCAAGUACUGACACUGUAUGGAUGCCUUGUGAUUAUCGCUAUGUCGAUGGACAAAGUUUCACUGUCCUCCUCCGUGGAGGUGCCAGAAUCGACACCGGUAGUGAUAAGACGGAACUCUGACGAUGAUAAGCGUAACACUGUGGGAGCAGUAAAAAGAUCCAGCAAUCCUUUCGUGGCAUUUCCGUCUACAGAAGAACUGUCCGCAGAGCCUGGUUACGAAAUACCUAGGCGACAUUCUGAUGACGACAAACGAAUCGUAGGCAGAUGUGGGGUACGUUUCAAAAAUAGUGAUGUUGAAAAAAAGACCAAAAUAGAAGUGAAGAAUGAUUUGUUACCGGAACAGAACGCAGAAUGUGCGUUCGAGGUACCUAGACGUGACUCAGGUUAUGUAGAAAGUAGUGGUAUCCAAAUGCUAGACAAAAUUUCUGAUCAUAGGUCACAGAUUCAUUAUGAAGGUAUGAAAUAUGAUGGAACGCGGAUAGAAACGUUACCAAGAAGAGGAUCAGAUCAAAGUUCUCGAACGUCUAGACCCGGAUCUGAGUCUAACCAAUUCACUCAACAAGCUAACGGCCACACCCUUAGACCAAACUUUGAUCAACUGACUAUGCAUACCUCUGACGACCUGUCUUUGGUGUUACAACAAGGUGUAGAUAGAAAAGCCCCAACACAACCACAAGGUAUACUUCGCCGAGGUUCUGGGCCAGAUCAAACCACUGAUGGUCCAAGGCGAAACUCUGGUCCCAAGAUUAGCGAUGACAUUGAUUCCAGCUUCUUUAACGAUGCGCCCAGAAGGCCUUCGGUACACUUUGCGGACAUGCCACGUAGAAAUUCAGAUCCCAAAGAGAAGAAUAAAGAGCAGUUUCCUGAUACGUUGAGGCGAAGUUCGGAGCCAGAACAAGGUUACCUGGAACACAGGAAGGCUUGGCAGCAAUUUCCCGAGGUCGACCACGGCGAUUCCGAAUACUCUGACCGCAAUGCGGUUCAAUUUCCUGAUGUAGUUCGUCGUGCGUCUGAGCCAAAGCAUCAAGCAGUAUUUCCUGAACCUAUGCGUCGAAGCAUUGGCUCUAUCGUGCAAAAUGUUGGAGUUCAAGUGGAUAGCGGCGUCCAAACUCCGGAGGCGUUGCCGUCGAAAGACUCUUAUCUGGAAAGUGUCGGUGUUCAAGCUAACUUCUCCCGACGCGGGUCGCGUGAAAACCGGGACAAUAGCGUGGAUUCCAUUCGGUCAGAUUCAAACGUCGCGAUCUCGGCAUCCGGUCCAAAGAUAGAUGAACGGUUGGCGCAACGCAGGAGAUCUUUGGUGCCCAUGUCCAGUAUGGAGGAGGAAAGUUUGAGGGAACGGUUGCAUAUGGCGCAUUUGAGAUGCUGCAGUGAGAUUGUGCUGAGGGAGCAGCGGUAUUCGAGGGAGACGUUCAGGAAGUUGUUCCAGAAUAAGACGAAACAUAACCAGAGAAAGAUUGAAGACCGACCAUAACAACAACAGGCCAAGGCCCAUAGGCACUGUUUUGGGACCUG